CAUCCGAAGAUUCAGCGGGGACACCCACCUCGAUCGGCAGCUACCCCGCGGGUUCACACUCCCAACCCAACCCUUUCCUCCCUCCGCACCGCUUGCCCCCACGCGCCAUCGGCGUCGUCGGGCGGCGACAGCGAAAUCCCGGCGGAAUAACGCGUCGCCGUCAGCCGCAGCCACCGGUCCGGUCGGUCUCGCCGGGGCGCGAGGCGUCGGUUGGGAGCGGAGGGAGGAGCGAUGGAGCCCCUGGAGGCGGCGAUAGCGAUCGUCUUCAACGCGCUGCUGCUGGUGUUCAUGGUGAAGCUCUUCUUCGCCAUGUUCCAGAUGAAGCUCGUGGUCAUCCUCUUCUACCUCGUCGUCGUCCUCUUCGCCCUCGCCUUCUCCGGCCGCGGCCCCGGCGGAUUCUAGCAAGCCUCUUCCCUCUUCUCGCCGGUACCGCCGCCAAGGUUAGGUAUAGGCCCUUCGUUUUUCUUUCCUCUUGUUUCCGUCGGCUCGGGGAUCAAUCAGGAUCCAUCCUUCAAGCUCUACAGACCAGUGCUUCAUACUUCUUACUGUACAUCUUUGAGAUCAUAUAUACCUACCUCGGUGCAUGUUUUGUUGGAGGUUGGAACAGGGGAGAUUUACUCACUCAGAGCUGCAGAUUGUGUCAACUGAACUCGGCCCGCCAAUUGACAAGUAGUGCAGCUUAUGUCGAGUUACUCGCCGCUUUCUUCGAUUGCUCUGUACAAUCUUACUUGUGGAUCCGUGAUGUGGCCUCUGCUACUGCUUAGGGGUGCUCUUCUUCUUGGAAAUCUAGGGACGGAGUACUUUUUUUUCUUCUUCUUCA